GAACAGAACGAUUAGAAUCUGCGCUGUAGCUUAGAAGUCAAUUAUUUUCUCAAUUACCAUACACAACUAAAACGUCACCGUGGUGAUUACGUCACAAGGCCACUCCCCUCACCUGACCUACUGACCUACUCCACCUUCACCCACCUGCUCACCCAACCGUCAACCAGCCGCUCACCUGAGUGAGGUGGUUGAUGAUAUGAGUGCUGUUUUCGUGAAUUCGUUUUCAAGUUUUCACGUGAAUAAAGAGAUAUAUAAUUGGUCUGAACACGAAACGCAACUUUGAACACCAUCCGUGCGACAUUUAUUGAUGCAUCUGAAAAAGGAAACAACAUGCGUGUAACAUUCUGCAUUGCACAUAAAAGGCCAAUACGUUAAACAAAAUGGAAUUUAAUGCCUUAAUGACUGCGUCUCAAAAUGAAUACGACAAGGUGGUAGAUAUUCUUAUUAAAGCAGGAGCAGAUAUAAACUAUGUAAAACAAGAUGGAUAUGAAACAUUUAUGAUUACAUCUGAAUAUGAACACGAAAAGUUAGUAGCUCUUCUUAAUAAAGCAGGAGCAGAUAUACUUCAUGUCGAAAAUAAUAUACAGAAUGCCUUAAUUAUUGCAUCUCAAAAUGGAGACGACAAGCUGGUAAAUAUUCUUAUUAAAUCAGGAGCAGACAUAAACUUUGUAAAACAAGAUGGAUAUAAUGCCUUAAUGAUUGCAUCUUUAUAUGGACACGAUAAAGUGAUAGAUAUUCUUAUUGAAGCGGGAGCAGACAUAAAUCACGUGGAAGAUGAUGGAUUUAAUGCCUUAAUGAUUGCAUCUAGAAAUGGACACGACAAUGUUGUAGAUCAUCUUAUUAAAGCAGGAGCAGACAUACAUCAUGUAAACGAUAAACUAUGGAAUGCCUUAAUGUUUGCAUCUCACUAUGGAAACGACAAGGUGGUAGAAAUUCUUAUUAAAGCAGGAUCAGACAUACAUGAAUUACAACAAAAUAAAUAUAAUGCAUUAAUGAUUGCUUCCCAAAAUGGACACGACAAGGUGGUAGAUAUUCUUAUUAAAGCAGGAGCAGACAUCAAUCAUGUGGAAGAUGAUGGAUGGAAUGCCUUACUUGAAGCAUCUCAAAAUGGACACGACAAGGUGGUAGAAAUUCUUAUUAAAGCAGGAGCAGACAUAAACUAUGUAAAACAAAAUGAUUAUAAUGCCUUAAUGGUUGCAUCUCAAAAUGGACACGACAAGGUGGUAGAUUUUCUUAUUAAAGCAGGAGCAGACGUAAAUCAUGUGAAAGAUGACGGAUGGAAUGCCUUAAUGAUUGCAUCUUAUAAUGGACACGACAAGGUGGUAGAUAUUCUUAUAAAAGCAGGAACAGACAUAAAUCACGUGGAAUAUGUUGGAAAGAAUGCAUUAAUGAUUUCGUCUUUAAUUGGACACGACAAGGUAGUAGAUAUUCUUAUUAAAGCGAGAGCAGACAUACAUCACGUGGAAGAAAAUGGAUGGAAUGCCUUAAUGCUUGCAUCUCAAAAUGGACACGACAAGGUGGUAGAUAUUCUUAUUAAAGCAGGAGCAGACAUAAAUUUCGUGAAAGAAAAUGGAUGGAAUGCAUUACUGAUUGCAUCUCAAAAUGGACACGAAAAGGUGGUAGAUAUUCUUAUUAAAGCAGGAGCAGAUAUACACCAUGUAAAAGAAAAUGGAUGGAACGCCUUAAUGAUUGCAUCUCAAAGCGGACACGAAAAGGUGGUAGAUAUUUUAAUUAACGCAGGAGCAGACAUAAAUCACGUGGAAGAUGCUACAAGGAAUGCCUUAAUGAUUGCAUCUCUAAAUGGACACGACAAGGUGGUAGAUAUUCUUAUUAAAGCCGGAGCAGACAUAAAUCAUGUGGGGGAUAAUGGAUGGAAUGCAUUGCUGAUUGCAUUACAAGAAGAACACGACAAGGUGGUAGAUAUUCUAAUUAAAUGUGGAGCAGACAUAAAUCAUUUGAAAGAUAAUGGAUGGAAUGCCUUAAUGAUUGCAUCUCAAAAUGGACACGACAAGGUGGUAGAUAUUCUUAUUGAAGCAGGAGCAGACAUAAAUCAUUUGAAAGAUAAUGGAUGGAAUGCCUUAAUGAUUGCAUCUCAAAAUGGACACAACAAGGUGGUAGAUAUUCUAAUUAAAUGUGGAGCAGACAUACAUAUCGUGGAAGAAGAUGGAUAUAAUGCCUUAAUGAUUGCAUCUAAAAAAGGACACGAAAAGGUGGUAGAUAUUCUUAUUAAAGCAGGAGCAGACAUAAGCCAUGUAAAACAAAAUGGAAAUAAUGCCUUAUUGAUUGCAUCUAACCAUGGACACGACAAGGUGGUAGAUAGUCUUAUUAAUGAGGGAGCUGACAUAAUCUAUGUAAAUGAAAUCGCUCAAGACUCUUCAUUUUUAGGUGAUCGAAAAAAUGAUAAUAAAGAUUGCCUCAAUACGUUUAGCUUCAGAACGACUCUAUUGUUGGAAUUAAUUGAUGUGUGCUUUCUUGCAUUUGAAAAUAAACAGAAACAUGUUAUUGAUACGUUAUCUUCAAUGAACUUUAAAAUUAUCGGUAAAACGACAUCAACAACAAUGUUUCAUUUUUUAAUAUCUCUAUUUGAAAAAGCACUAAAACAAGAUUUACAAAACGUCACCAAAAACGAACUGAGAGACGCAACCGUCAGUGAACAAAACGACGCAGAAGUCCGCCACGUUAAAAGAUCCAUCGAUUGCUAUAUAAAGACUGUUCUUCUGUCUCACAACAAUCAGAGAACAAACUAUUAUGAAUUAAAGGAGUUUGUUUCUGAUGUUAUGUCAGAGUUUUUGAACAUGAGAGACUUUGACGCUUUACAUUUCUUCAUGUGUCAGAGGUGUUUGAGGACAAUUUACUCUAUUCUAAAUGCGGAAGAUAAUCUGAAGUUUUUCACACUACUCUUAGAUCUUAACUAUGCGGAUAUAACGUCGAGAUGUUUAAACUAUGAAAAUCUUCUUGAUACAAGGGCACCAGGUUUUAGCACGUCUUUAAUUCGUGAUAUGUUGAGUCUGUUGAUAAGCGGUAGUUAG